AGCGGCAGGACCAAUGAGAACGAGACGUUGAAUGACAGCUGUCCAAUAGGGACCCUCAGUGCUGGUACGGUUUGCGGCUUAAGCGCCGCCGCGGUCUGAGGAAUGUCAACUAUUCAACAUGGAGGCGGAGGUCGAUAAGCUGGAACUGAUGUUCCAGAAAGCUGACUCUGAUCUGGACUACAUUCAGUACAGGCUGGAAUAUGAAAUCAAGACUAAUUAUCCUGAUUCAGCAGGCAAGAAAAAUCCAGUUACACUUUUAAAGGAAUUGUCAGCAAUAAAGUCUCGAUAUCAGACUUUGCAUGUUCGUUUUAAACCAAUUUCUGUGGAGCAGAAAGAGACUAAGAGCCGCAUUUGUGCUACUUUCAAUAAGACUAUGACCUUGAUACAAGAACUGCAGAAGGAAACAGACCUGGAGCUGUUACCACUGACUGAAGAAGAGAAAACUGCGGCAGAGCAAUUAAGAGCUCACAUGUCAGACUUCUGAGGAAGAAAUGGACUUGCAAAAAGGAACUCUAAUGGGGAAGAAAUCAAUCCCAGAAAUUUAGGAAGAUGUCUUGUUAACAUUGAUGACUAUUGGUCGGGAGAUGACAAAGGAGAUUUGGCUUGGAUCACUGGAUAGUGAUGCCUUCCACAGGAGAGGGGGAUACAAGAGAAGGGCAGAUAUUGUAUUAAUAAAGUUCAGCCAAAGGGGCAGAAUGGAAAUAAAGAGAUUUUUAAAAUAUAUGCACACAUGCUUAGUAAUUUCAGGCAAGGAAGUCCCAACACCAUUUCGUAUCUGUUUUUGUAUAAGUGGGAUAACACAGAUGUCCUGACUGACCUAUUGCAAAAGAAUAUUAUGUACUAUCAGUCAGUCAGAUGUGAAUGAACAUGCUUGGGAAAUUAAAGGUUAGAAAAAUAUUUGUACUAUAUUAUACAUAUGUAAAUAAUUUUAUUGUUGAAAAUUCUGAUCGCAGAUGUGGGUCACAUUACUGGUGAGACUGCUAACAUGUGACUUGACAGUCUCCCACAAUACCUAACUUAGUAGAAAGCUGGCUUUUCUGUGACAGCUUCACUUUUAUUUUUGUCCUGUUCCUUCCGCCUGCCAACGUUGAGCAUGAGCUCUGCUUUCUAAUGCUGUUUCAUAUUGCCCCUGUCAUAUUUCAGGAACCUGAAAUAUGCCUUUGUUCUCCUCUAGUCUCUAUUACUGUACUUGUUCAGUUCAUUCUACUGUAAAUCUCUAUAUAUGAACCUUCAAGUUGUGAACGUUCGAAGACAUAAACGUGUGUUUUCCCCUCCAGUCACAUAAGUUAGCUCUGUUUGAGGAGGCACUGUUAGGUUUUGAGGCACAGGACUCGAGUGUAGGAUGGUACAUGAAGGUUGCAGCGGCCAUUCAGAAUGUAAUUCAGUGCUACCGUGGCAUCUGUGAUGAGAAAAAAUGAGCUACCACUCUGACAUUAUUGGAUUGUUCUUUCAAGAAGGCAGACAGAAUUGACCAGCAAGGAACCAGACCCUGUGCCCUCAACUGCAGGUGUGAAAUCGCAGCUUGCCUUCUGUCUCCUGUUGCUGAUGACCCUUCAGCUCUACCAUCUCCCACCUCCCCUCCCUCUCCAGUCAGUAACUCUUCUUGCCUGUUCACUCGAUGCCAGCCCCUGUUGUCCUGUACUACUGUGCUUUUCAACAUACUGUACUUUCAGAUUAAAAAUGUUUUCUUUGUGUUU